AUGAGUGGAGAAAAAUACGAGAUAAAACGCAUUCUGAAGGCGCGGAAGAUGGAAGGAAAAAACAAGAUGGAGUAUUUGGUAGAUUGGGAGCCAACAUGGGUUUACGAGCAGGACAUGGAUGCUGGCUUGCUUGACGACUACCACAUGACCGUCGAAGUGUUGGGUCCGUUGCACACUCCGGAAAAUUUGCAAAAAACCUGUAUCAAAGAGAUGGACUUGGUAAUCAAAAGGCAAUCUAAGCGUGACCAGCAAUCGAACGAUGAAGUUAUCCUUGAUCUCAUGCCUUACGAACAAGUGAAGAAGUUGUAUCCUGAAGAGCUUUUUGCUUAUAUGGAAAGUACGUUCAGCCUUCCAGAGGAAAUGUGCGCUGCUUUUGAGAAAGACGAUGGCGCUAAGAAGAAUUCACGUAAGAAGAAAAAGAUGGCCAAGUAA